UUAAAAUUUCAGAAGAAGAUGGCCACUGCGCAGUUGCAGAGGACUGCCAUGAGUGCAUUGGUAUUUCCCAGUAAGAUAUCAACUGAGCAGCAGUCUUUGGUUUUGGUGAAGAGGCUACUAGCUGUUUCAGUAUCCUGUAUCACAUAUUUGAGAGGAAUAUUUCCAGAAUGUGCUUAUGGAACAAGAUAUCUAGAUGAUCUUUGUGUCAAAAUUCUGAGAGAAGAUAAAAAUUGCCCAGGUUCUACACAGUUAGUGAGGUGGAUGCUAGGGUGUUAUGAUGCUUUACAAAGAAAAUAUCUGAGGAUGGUCAUUCUAGCUGUAUAUACCAAUCCAGAAGACCCUCAGACAAUUUCAGAAUGCUACCAAUUUAAGUUCAAGUACACAAAAAAUGGACCAGUCAUGGAUUUUGUAAGUAAAAAUCAAAACAAUGAAUCUAACAUGUCAUCUGCUGACACCAAGAAAGCAAGUAUUCUCCUCAUUCGCAAGAUUUAUAUUCUAAUGCAAAAUCUGGGACCUUUACCUAAUGAUGUUUGUUUGACCAUGAAACUUUUCUACUAUGAUGAAGUUACACCCCCAGAUUACCAACCUCCUGGCUUUAAAGAUGGUGAUUGUGACGGGGUAACAUUUGAAGGGGACCCUAUGUAUUUAAAUGUGGGAGAAGUCCCAACACCUUUUCACACCUUCAAAGUAAAAGUGACCACUGAGAGAGAACGAAUGGAAAAUAUUGAUUCAACCAUACUAUUACCAAAACAAUUAAAAACACCACUUCGAAAAAUCCUGAUGGACAAAGAUGAUAUUGAAGAUGAAAAUUACUUAAGUGAUGAUUUUGACUUUGAAACUAAAAGAGAAAAGCAGGGGGGAAAAACUAUAGAGUUUCUGGAGUUGUCAGAACCAAAUUUCAUUUGUAAGGAAGAUGAAAUUAUGAGGUGUAAAGAAAGUCCAAAAUUUUCAAUUUCUCAUUCCCCAGUUGAGCACUUAGUCAGUAAAACAUCUGAACUUGAUGUAUCUGACAGUAAAACAAGGAGUGGAAGAAUCUUUCAUAAUAACAUGGUAAAUGGAAAUCAUCCAGUAAAAUGUAAAGAAAAUCAGAAGAGAAGUGAACUUAAAUCUAGGAAAACAGUCCUCCAUCACUUUGAUUCGUCUAGCCAAGAGUCAGUUCCAAAGCGGAGAAAGUUUAGUGAACCAAAGGAACAUGUAUAAACAUUACAUUUUCCUUCUGCACAUUUGCAAAGUUCUUCUAAACAUUUAAGAGACACUAU